UGUCACCUUACCCCUCUAUCCAAAGAUGAAGUCCUCACAAUUGGUACUUCACCAUAUCUUUGCAACUGAGAAUUCAGGCCAAUCACAUCUCUGACUCAGCCUCAACCAUGUUCUUGUGCCUUAUUCCCUAUGAUUCUGGAACAACAUCCUAUUCUUCUCUUUCUUCACUGUUCUUCUCUUCCUGCUCAGCAACUCUUCCUCUACCUUAAUUUUAGUCUAUUUGUUUUGACAGAUUCUAUCUUCUUCUGCUGUGCUCAACCUUUAAAGGGUCGUUUUUUUCUCUUUCUCUCUCUCCUAGUUUGAGUUUCAUACUACACAAGGAAGUACAUGAGACUUACCCAAAAGGGUAUGAUUUGAAGACCACAAGCUGGUGAUAGAAGAGAGCCUUUUUACCAAGAUAUGGCCAUGUUUGAUCUCAAUGUUGACAUCAAGCAUGCUGAUGUUGAUGCUGAUGCUGAUUCAGAAUCAAGCUGGGCAGAAAAGGGGGUGCAAGUGCAACUUCAAAACCUUCCACCUGAAAUCUCAGAUUCCAGGACCUCAAACUCAUCUGUGUGCAACCCUGCAGAGGAAGACUCCUCAAACAACUCCUCUCCCUUGAUCUUUGACAUAAUGAAGAAAGAGAGACAUGGCUCAGAGUUUGGUGGUGUCACUGAGAGGGGAAACAAUAAUAAGGAGCAAAACAUGGCUCAAGAGACUGAGAUAGUGACUGCUGACAAAGGAGGUGGAGUGGCUGACAUCAAAUUGGGGUUGUGGGGGAAGACUCAGUGGCUGAACAUGUCUUUUCCAGAACCUGAUGGAAAAAAUGGACUCAAAAGCUUACCUCAUGUGAGGAAAAAUAGGAGAGGACCAAGGUCUCGCAGUUCACAGUACCGGGGUGUCACCUUCUACCGAAGGACUGGUAGAUGGGAGUCUCAUAUUUGGGAUUGUGGGAAGCAGGUCUAUUUGGGUGGAUUUGACACUGCUCAAGCUGCUGCAAGAGCAUAUGAUAGAGCUGCUAUUAAGUUUCGGGGAGUAGAUGCUGACAUAAACUUUAGUUUGAGUGAUUAUGAAGAGGAUUUGAAUCAGAUGAAAGGUUUGAGUAAGGAAGAGUUUGUGCUCUUACUUCGUCGACAAAUCAAUGGAAUCUCAAAGAGAAGUUCAACAUACAGAGGUGUGUUAGCUCAAGCAGAGCCACGAAUGGGACCAUUUCUUGGCAAGACAUUAUACCCCAACUCAUCCAUCAAGUGUGAUGAUGGAAAUGUGGAGGCCAGUUUAAAGCCUUAUUCUUAUAAGGAAAAAAUAAUUGCAAGUUCCAGCUUGGCAGGCACUUGCGAUGAUCUUGAUUUGAGCCUAGGAAUUUCUCCAUCUUCUAAAAAACUGAAGAAUAAUGAUCAUGGAGGAGGGUUUUCCUUUGGAUACAUGGCUUGUAAGAUACCCAAGGAAAGAGGAACAAUGGAGGGGGCCAUGGUGGACAGAAUAAGAAAUGUUCCUUUGCAAAAGAUUUCCAACUUGACUUGGCAACUUUGCAGCAAUGGCAGCAUUGCCUCAAUGCCAUUGCAACCAAAUGCAGCAUCAUCAGGAUUCGUCUCUUCUUCUAGCUGUCUCAUCAACCACACUUCCAAUCAGCAACCAUAUUAAUUAUGCCAACAAUUUGGCAUUGGCUCAACCACAGAACUCACCACUUACUCCCCAAGGUAGGGCCAGAGUUGUUGGAACCACUAGGGACUCAGCAUAUUUACUCUUUGCUUUUUGGAAGAUUGGAUAUGAGCAAUAGUACUUUAUAUUAUAACCAUGUGUAUCUAUCAUAUUCUAGUGAUUUCCUCAAUUAUGAAUGUAUUUAAUAAUGGCAAGCAUUGAUUACAAUGGCCAACCAAUAACCUAUAGUCAUUAUUGUGAUUUAGAAUAAAAUAUUGCCUUGUGUAAGAGGCCUAUUUUAAUGGAGAAGAUAAUCAAAGGUUGUUAUAGCAA